CACGAACACAAGGACGUGCACAUCACACGCACAUACGAAGACUGCAAACCCGCUGCUCCGUCUUCUCCUGCAGACACACCAGCUACAUGUAUGUAUCCUCAUAAUGCAGUGACACCGUGCUGGUUUUCGAAGAGGUAAUCAAUGACGGGAUUUAUUUGAAGACUUUUCUGGAUGUAAAGAAAAGGGGAAGUGAUGAAACUAGCCAUCACUGUGGCACUUUGGUGCAGAAGAUUUGCCUUGGAGAGAAGCAAGACCUGUCCGUCUCAUCAAUGUAUGGAAAGCAGCACAGUCAACAUCAGACCAUCCUCCUCCAGGUUUUUGUGAGUUCUGGAGGUGGCGAGACUUGAGAUGCGACAACAGCGCCGUGCCUUUCUCCCCGAACCUCAAACAUGGAAGCAGACACAAGACAAAACUCCUGACAUCCAACCAUCCUCCUUUCCUCCUCCUCGUCCUCACUGUUCUCCUGUCGACCAUCAUGCUCCAUCCCAACUUUGGUCUCCAUUUUCUUCCAUUUCCUCUAUCAAUGCUCCUCUCUCUCCCUCUUUUCAUUCCCCUGUGUUAUCCCACCUGCCUCAUCCUCCCUCUUCAUCUCCUGCAUGCCACUCCUCUCCUAAUCUUCCUCCCCGUAUUUCAUCCCUUCCCCUGUCUCCUCCAUUCAGUCCAUCCCUUUAUGGCCUCCUGAGGUUCCUCUUCGUUCUCCUGGCCUCCCUGUGCUUACUGCCCUGCCCAGUCAAGGGAGCUGUGUUUCGGGUUGGGGUGGUGGGCCCCUGGGUGUGUGACCCCCUUUUUGCCAAGGCUCUUCCCAAUGUGGCAGCACAGCUCGCCGUCAACCGCAUCAACAAGGACCCCUCACUGUCCUACGCCGCCACAUUCGACUAUACUGUUCUGCAGGAGCCAUGUGAGACAUCGAGGGCGCUGGAGAAAUUUGUGGGUUUCCACACCAAGGCCUCAGCGUACAUUGGACCGACCAACCCCGGUUACUGUGAUGCUGCUUCAAUGCUGAGCAAAGGCUGGAACAAAGCAAUGUUUUCUUGGGGUUGUGUUGGCUACGAAUUGGAUGAUAUUCGGAGCCACCCGACCUUCGCCCGCUCCAUGCCGAGGCCCACCUGGGUGCUGCUCAGUGUCAUGAACUACUUCAGGUGGGCCCAGAUUGCCAUCAUCUCUUCCUCAGAUGACAUCUGGGUGGAGACGGCCAUCAAGGUAGCUGACUCUUUGAGGAGCCACGGUCUGUCGGUCAGACAUGUCAGUUUUAUGGAGAACACACCUCACGGCAUCAGGAGAACUCUGGCCAAAGUUCGUAAGAGGAGAGAAAUACGAGUUGUGAUCCUCUGCAUGCACUCAGCGCUGAUUGGCGGUGAAGUCCAGAAGCUCCUCUUGGAGACGGCCUACGACAUGGGGAUGAUUGACGGCUCCCUGAUCUUUGUGCCCUACGACACCCUGCUCUACAGCCUGCCCUACCGCAACGUGAGCUACCCGUCUCUGAAGAGCAACAGCAAACUGUUGCGGGCCUACGACGCCGUGCUGACCGUCACCAUCGAGUCACCCCAGGUGUCGUUCUUCGAGGCCUACAGAGAAGCCAUGGAGAGGGGAGAGGUGGCGAAGACGCUGAAGCCACAGCAGGUGUCUCCUCUCUUCGGCACCAUCUACAGCUCUGUCCUCUUCAUGGCUCAUGCAGUGCAGCGUAUUCGGCAGUCGAGGGAGUGGAUGUCUGGAGGAAACCUGGCACAACACACACGCAACCUGAACUUUCAGGGAUUCAGCCACCAAAUCAAAACCAACGGCUCCGGAGUGGCUCUGCUGGACUACCUCAUACUGGACACAGACGGACUGUCCUGGGAGUUGAAGCCAACAUACAGGAUCGACAUGGAGGCCGGCAUGGUGCGCUUUUUGGGUCGAGACAUUCACUUUCCUCACGGCUAUGGACCCAGGAGGGACUCCUCCUGCUGGUUUACACCCGGAGUCCUCUGCUCAAGGGGUGUGGAUCUGUUCUCGACCAUUAGCAUUUUCCUCGGGGCGACUGGUGCCUGUAUUUUUGGUGUGGCACUGACGUACUGUGUCAGGCGACGCGUCCAUCAUAUUCGACUGGUCAGGGGUCGAGACAAGAUCUUACUGACUCUGGCUGACGUCACAUUCAUAAACCCGUCGCUUAGCAACAAGAAGAUGAGUCUGGACGACAGCAGGGCCAGCGGCAUGAGGAGCGUGUCCGACCACAGCGUCACGUCGCCGGUCUCCACUCUAUCCCCAGCCACCUACGAGAACUCCAACGUUGUCAUUUACGAGGGUGACUGGGCGUGGCUGAAAAGACUUCCUGAUGGGUUUUUUAGCCGCAUUAACCCCAAAACCAGUGAUGUGUUUGAGCUGAUGAAGGACAUGCGACACGAGAACAUCAACCCUUUCCUGGGCUUCUUCCAUGACUGCGGUGUGUUCGCCAUUGUGACCGAGUUCUGCUCCAGAGGCAGCUUGGAGGACCUGCUGCUGAAUGAGGACGUCAAACUCGACUGGAUGUUCAAGUCGUCUCUACUUCUGGAUCUUAUAAAGGGUAUGAAGUACCUCCACCAUCGUGGUGUGUCCCACGCUCGUUUGAAGUCCCGUAACUGUGUGGUGGAUGGGCGCUUCGUCCUGAAGCUAACAGACUACGGAUACAACGAGGUUCUAGAGUCUCAGAGGUUCCCCUACAUCGAACCGCCUGCAGAUGAGAUGUUGUGGACGGCUCCAGAAAUCCUGAGGAGCGGGCAUCCGGGGCUCCUCGGGACACUCCCCGGUGACGUGUACAGCUUCGCCAUCAUCAUGCAGGAGGUGGUGAUCAGAGGGCCUCCUUUCUGCAUGCUGGACCUGUCCGCUACAGAUAUAAUAGAGAAGCUCCGUAAGCCUCCUCCUCUGUGUCGUCCGGUGGUCAGUCCAGACUACGCCCCGUUAGAGUGCAUCCAGCUGAUGAAACAGUGCUGGAACGAACAGCCAGACAAGAGACCCAACUUUGAUGAGAUCUUUGACCAGUUCAAGAACAUCAACAAGGGGAAGAAGACCAACAUCAUAGACUCCAUGCUGAGGAUGUUGGAGCAGUACUCCUCCAACCUGGAAGAGCUGAUCAGAGAGAGAACUGAGGAGCUGGAAAUCGAAAAACAGAAGACGGAGAAGCUACUGACACAGAUGCUGCCUCCGUCUGUGGCAGAAGCGUUGAAGGUAGGCGGUACAGUCGAGCCGGAGCAUUUCGACAGCGUGUCUCUCUAUUUCAGCGACAUUGUCGGCUUUACGACCAUCUCGGCCAACAGCGAGCCCAUCGAGGUGGUCGACCUGCUCAACAGCCUCUACACGCUUUUCGACGCCAUCAUAGGAAAUCACGACGUCUACAAGGUGGAGACGAUUGGUGAUGCUUACAUGGUGGCGUCAGGCGUUCCUGUCCCUAACGGCAACCGUCAUGCUGCAGAAAUAACCAACAUGGCCCUUGACAUCCUGAGCGCUGUGGGAACCUUUAAAAUGAGGCACAUGCCUGACGUUCCUGUUAGGAUACGCAUAGGACUGCACACAGGUCCAUGUGUAGCAGGAGUGGUGGGUCUUACAAUGCCCCGUUACUGCUUAUUUGGAGAUACAGUGACCACCGCCUCUCGUAUGGAGUCCACCGGGAUGCCCUACAGGAUCCACGUCCACGAGAGUACAGUGAAAGUCCUGCGUGAGCUGAAUCUGGGCUACAAGGUCGAGCUGAGAGGCAGGACGGAAGUCAAGGGGAAAGGAAUAGAGGAGACCUACUGGCUUGUAGGGAGAGAUGGAUUUACCAAACCUCUGCCUGUUCCUCCAGAACUCAAGUCUGGCUCUCGCGUCAGCAUCACAUCAGACGAGUCCAGGAACCUGAGGCAGGCGUUUCACAAGGCGGUGAAGAAGAUCACUCACAUCCGCAUCGUGACUCAGCUCUACGCACCAGACGACGACGACAACGUCAUGAUGUCGCACCACUGACAACCGACAGUGUUUGUGUGUGUGACAUAUGAAGCCAAAUGUUUAAAAAUCUGCCUAGACUGGACCUCAGGUUGGACUUAUGAACCCUGACAGAAAGGGAUCAAUAAGGACUCUCAUGAGAGGGGGGCUCUGACCUUAAUCCAAAGACAGUUAAGUGUAAUUUACUACCAGUAUUUUCAUGGAAAAUCUGAUAUUUCCUCACAAAACUGUCUGUUAGAUCACCUGCAAAGCAUGCAGGGAAAAGUUAACAGGAGGAGGACGAGGGGUAGUGAAAGUUGAGAUUAACAGCAGUCAUCGUGUGUAUAUGUGUGUGCGUGUGUGUGUGUGUCUGUGUGUAUUAAAGGCUUGAGUUGAGGAGAUGAAGUCCUGUGUGGAACUAUGUAUAGAGGCCGAGAUGUGGUGACUCAGCAAAGCAGGGAUCUACAGAAAGCGUCUGUCAGCAGCAGAGGAACGCAGCUAAUCUCCCUCGUUCAUUUCCUCCUCCUGCGCUCCUCUCCUCUCCUCUCCUCUCCUCACUUGUCUCUUACUCCUUAUUCCUCUGUCUGAAGGAAGGAAGGAAGGAAGGGAAGGAGAGGAGAGGGGAGAGGGAAAGGCAUGUCUUUAUUCUCCACCCUGUUUGUGAAGUAAUUUGGCAUCUGGAAUCAAAAAUAAACAAAAAUACUCCCUGAAAUAGUUACCAGUAUUUACUUACUUUCUCUUUUCUGGACAUUUUUGCCUUUAUUUGGACAGCAAGCAGUAGAGAUGCCCGAGGUGAUGUCUUCAGAUUUUUGUCUUGUUUUGUCUGACAACAAUUUUAAACUUAAAGAUAUUCAGUUUACUAUCACAGAAGACUAACAGGCAAAUACUCACAUUUAAGAGGCUUGAAUCUUUGCAUUUUUGGAAAGUUUUUCCGGAUUAAUUUACCUCCAAUUGACUAAUCAACUAAUCCACUCUGGAUUAAAUGGUCCUAGGCC